AAUCUGGGCGAAAAAAUAAUAAAAAAAGCUAAAUUUACGUCGUCAAAAUCUGAUAUUUGUUUGUACGUAGCAUGAAUUUAAUAAAGGAUACAUAGAUAUGACAUCUUCUUCUAAGAUAAUAAGCUGAUCAAAUGUGUCAGCAAAUCAGUGAAGAUUGAACUGAAAAUGAAACGAAGUUGGAAGUCAAAAUAAAAAUAAAUGCGACUGUUAUUUGUUGACAUUGUUUUGGAAUCUUAGACAUUUGGUUUUAUAUAUUGAUGCCUUAAAUCAUGUAGAAGAAUAUUAUUUUACCAUUCUUAUCGAUGGAAUUAACUUCUUUGAUAAGACAUAUAGGAUGUGCCAAAUGCUAAGGAAUAUUGAGAAAGAACUAAAGCUAAAACAAAACAUGGCAUUUAUUGUUUACAAGCUUGACAUUAUUCAAAGAAUUACUUGAUUGAGGUCAUUUUCAAGUACUGCAGAUACCAUCAAUUAAAAUAAAACCAAUGGUACAAACAACCAUGUCUCAGCAGAAAGGUGGAAUGUUUAUUGGCGCUGGAUCAAAUUUGGAUAAUACAAUAGCCCUCUUCUCUGAUGAGCAACGUAAUAAGUGGAAGGGAAUCUUUAUAAAUCUGUUAAAGAUGGUUCAGCGCCAAGUUCAUCCUGACCUGAGUGCAAAAGAAGAUGCAUUAGAAUAUAUUGAGAGCCUAAUGGUUCAUUUAAUAGUUUCUCUAUGUUCAAGUCAACCACAGAAAGUACAAGAUAUUGAAGAUAGAGUUCAGAAGACAUUUCCUGACCCUAUUGAUAAAUGGGCAAUACAAGAAGCUAAAGGUGCUCUGGAGAAAUACGUUCAGACAAAAGGAAAGAAAGGAUCAAAUAAUAACCAGUCCAGUUUGCCUGUUGAUAAAGUUCAUCCUUUGUUGAAGGAGUUACUGGGAUAUAGAGUAGAUUAUAAUGUAGCUGUGUAUAUGGUAGCAGUAUUAGAGUAUAUAGCUGCUGAUAUACUCAAGUUUACUGGUACAUAUGUUAAGAAUAUUAGACAUAAUGAAAUAACAAGACAAGAUGUAAAAGUGGCAAUAUGUGCAGAUCAGGUUUUAAUUGACAUGUUUUCACAAGAGGAAGAUUUAAAUCUUGUCAUAGAAAGUGAACCUGUACAUCAUGAAUCAUUGAAAUAUGAAGAUAUUGUUAAAGAGUUUAUUUUAGAAGAAACACAAUAUUUACGUGAUUUAAAUAUGAUUAUUAAAGUAUUCAGAGUUCCUUUUGUUGAAUUGUUUCCCAGAAGCAAGGAUUUAGAGGUAAUAUUUAGUAAUAUAUUAGAUAUCUAUGAUUUAACAGCUAAAUUAUUAAGUUUAGUUGAAGAUCAAGUAGAGAUAUCUGAUGGAAAAGAAACACCCUACGUUGGUACAUGUUUUGAAGAUAUAGCAGAGGGUGAAGAAUUCAAUGUAUAUGCUAAGUAUGUAGAAGAUAUGAUGGCACCUAGAGGUAAAGAAAGAUUAUAUACCUUACUACAGAGAGAAGAUGUCGAAGCAGAAAUGAAGAAAUCUGGUAGUGGAUUUAAGAUAGCUGUUAAAUAUGUCUUACCUAAAUUAUUAUUAGGACCUCUCUAUCAUUGUUUACAUUAUUUUGAAGUUAUUGAUAAACUAAUAGAAAGCAGUCAGAGUGAAGAUGAUCAAGAUUGUUUAGAACAAGCUAAUAGUUUACUUCAAGCACUAAAAGCAUCCAUGGAAAGAAAGUUUGGUGGAAAUGUUCCAAAGAGAAAAACAUGGGAAAUGUCUUUACGACUACAAAGUCGAUUUGGCAGACCUGAAGUUCUUGAGAAAAUGCAAGAAAUUCAACGCAGUAUUGAAGGGUGGGAAGGUAAAGCAAUAUGGCAGAGUUGUAGUGAAUUUAUUAUGGAAGGAGAAUUAACUAAACAUACUGGUAGAAGACCGUCAGAUAGACAUGUAUUUUUAUUUGAUAAUUUAAUUAUACUGUGUAAACAAACCAGAAGAUCAUCUAUAACAGGUUCCUCUGCUGAAUAUAAACUAAAAGAGAGAUAUUUUAUCAGAAAAAUUGAAAUCAGAGAUAGAGAUGACUUUGAUGACUUACGUCAUGUUAUUGAGUUACAUCCUAGAGAUCACCCUGUAUUAUAUCUUACUGCCAAAUCAAUAGAAGAUAAAGCCAACUGGAUGGCAGCCUUAGUUUCAUUACAAACUAGAAGUAUGUUAGAGAGAACAUUAGAUAGUAAACUAAAAGAAGAAGAAAAACAACAUCCUCUCUGUCUCCCUUCUCCUGAUAAAUAUAGAUUUGCCGAAGAAAAUUCAGAAGAAAAUAUAGUAUUUGAAGAAAACCAAGACUCUUCCAUUGAAAGUCCUCUAAUUAAAGGAGGUCUCCUCGUUAAGUUAAUUGAACGGCUCACAUAUCAUAUGUAUGCAGAUCCUAAAUUUGUUCGUACAUUUCUGACAACUUAUAGAUCAUUCUGUAGUCCACAUGAACUCUUAGAUCUACUAAUUGAGAGAUUUGAUAUACCAGAUAUAGAAGUAUGUAAUGAUGAUAUUUCUACUAACACUGUUGAAAUUGAUCCUAAUCUUAAAACAAGAGAAGAUUUAAAGAGAUUUCGUAAAGAAUAUGUUAAACCUGUUAAAUUUAGAAUGGUAAAUGUACUCAAACAUUGGGUAGAUCAACAUUUUUAUGAUUUUGAACGAGAUGAAACCUUACUUACCAAGUUAAAAGAUUUUCUGGCAACUGUUAAAGGCAAAGCAAUGAAGAAAAUGGCGGAAUCCAUUUUGAAAGUUAUUUGUAGAAGAAGAGAGAGUGUGAAUGCUGAAAGAGAAAUAACAUAUCAAACAGAAUUACCUGCUAUAGAAUGGCAUCUGACUAAAAUAUAUACUGAAUUUGACUUAAUGACAUUACAUCCAGUAGAGAUAGCUAGACAAGUAACAUUGUUAGAAUUUGAUCUAUAUCGUGCUGUACAACCAUCAGAAUUAGUGGGUAGUGUUUGGAUUAAAAAAGAUAAAGAGAAAACAUCACCCAAUCUUUUAAAGAUGAUACAUCAUUCUACUAUGUUUACAUUUUGGAUGGAGAAAUGUAUUAUUGAAGCUGAUAAUCUAGAAGAAAGAGUCACUGUUAUGUCACGUAUUAUAGAGAUUAUGUUAGUGUUCCAAGAACUUAAUAAUUUUAAUGGUGUAUUAGAAGUUGUUAGUGCAUUAGUUUCAGCCCCAGUUCAUCGUUUAGAACAUACUUUUAAGGAAUUACCACAUAAACUGUAUAAAUGUUUUGAUGAGGCUAAAGAAUUAAAUUCUGAUCAUUAUAAAAAAUAUACAGAGAAAUUACGUUCUAUUAAUCCUCCUUGUGUUCCUUUUCUUGGAAUGUAUUUGACAAUUAUAUUGUUAACUGAAGAAGGCAAUCCAGAUUUUCUACAGAAUCGUCCAAAAGGUCUGAUCAAUUUUAGUAAGAGAAGAAAGGUUGCUGAAAUUACUGGUGAAAUACAGCAAUAUCAAAACCAACCUUAUUGUUUACGAGUUGAACCUUCUAUAAGAGAAUAUUUUGAAAAGUUAAGUCCAUUAAAUGGUAUGACUGAGAAAGAGUUUGUGGACUAUUUAUAUGAAAGAUCAUUAGAUAUUGAACCUAGAGGAGCUAAGCAGGCUACUAAAUAUCCUAAGAAAUACCUAGACUACUCAUUGAAAUCACCUGGUGUUAAAUUAUUAUCUGGUCAAAGACAGAGUUUAUCACGAUCCAGUCAAUCCUUUCCAUUUAAUAUUCCAAAGACUUCCGAGGACGAUGACUCCUCCUCCCCAUCAUGUGCUACUCCUCCUACCCCAAGCACACCCCACACACCAACAGCCCUUGGAGCUGGGGAUGGAUCAUUACAUGGUAGUACAUAUACAAUAUCAAGUUCUAAUACAAUUGUUGGUAGUUUUGGUAGUGAGUCAUCAUUUGAUAUCUCACAAGUCAGUAUUGAUGGUAUAGGUAAGCAUGAACAUUACUUAUCUCUUGUUCUAGGUUCUGUUGUGACUCGGCCAGUAAGAAAUGAAAUGAAAUGGAGUUUUACAUCCUACUUUUCUGCACCAUUUGGGCUAAUGAAGACGGGCAACGCCAUGCAGAGUGCAAUGAGGGAAAUUUCUGCACGACAGAUGCAUUAA